AUGGCGGAGCCCGGGCGGCCGCAGCGGAAGCUGUCGCGGGUCGGGGAGAGCCUCUACCGCGUCCUGGGCCUGCAGAAGGGCAGCUCCCCCGAGGAGAUCAAGAAGGCGUACCGGAAACUGGCGCUCAAGUACCACCCGGACAAGAACCCCGAUGACCCGGCAGCGGCUGAGCGCUUCAAGGAGAUCAACAGCGCCCACGCCACGCUGAGCGACGAGGACAAGCGUCGCCUCUAUGACCAGUACGGCUCCCUGGGGCUCUACGUGGCCGAGCAGUUCGGCGACGAUGCCGUCAAGCACUACUUCCUCAUGUCCAAGUGGUGGUUCCAGGCCCUGGCUCUGUGCUGUGGUGCUCUCACCUGCUGCUGCUGCUGCUGUUGCUGCUUCUUCUGCUGCGGGACGUGCUGCCCGCCAAAGGAGGAUGAGUCCUACAAGUACGUCGACCCCAAGGACCUGGAGGCGCAGAUGCGCGCGGAGGACAGCGAUCCACAGAUACCUAUUGUGGCACAGCCCCCGCCUGCCAGCACGGAGCCCUUGCCGGCUGUCAGCACCAGGACCGAUGCCUGAGGCAGGCCUCAGUCCUGCCGGCUCCCCCAGGACUCCGGGCAGGGAUCCUCCUUUGGGACUGUCACUUUCCGGGACCCCUGUCUUGCCACCCGGGGUGGCUCUCCAGCCUCGGGCUGGCUAGAAUCUCAGGUUAAUUUGGCCAGCAUCAACGCAGAGGCUCUUCUGCUCCUGCUCGAGCUCCAGGGCGAUGCCCCUGUCUCCCAGCACUGGUGGUGGAGGUGGCCUGGAGCCCACGCUGCUGCGCCCCAUCCCCAGUGCCUUGCCUGCUGCUGUGCCCCAGCCUGGCCUCGGGCACCGGCAGCCGGCCUGAGCAGCCGCGAGCGGAGACCUCUCCGGGCCAGGCUCCGUAGCUUACGAGAGGUAGCCGAACGCAUCUGAGACCGUUAGCACUGUAACCUCUGGGGCUGGGCUGGGCUGAGCCCGCUACCUGCCCUCACGGGGACCCUCCUGAUGGCUGCGGGGUGCCAAACGCUGCUCGUGGGGUUGGGGUGCCACCUUCUGUACCCCCUUCCUCUCUGCCCUGCCACAGCCCCGGGGCACUGGCUGCACCCCACACUCACUGCUGCUGACAGGCUCCCUGCAGGGCUGGGCCCAGCACAGGUACUUCCCUUGGGUUUGUAUAGGUUUUAUGGGCACUAUUAAAGGAUGACAGGAGGGGAGCACA